AUGGCUAGUUAACUAGCUAGACGCACUAGGAGCGACCCUCGCCGGGCUUCGUAGUCUGGUGGUCUGAGGCCCUGGCCCGGCCGGGUCCCAGGGCCACCGGAGAAGAGGCCAAGUCUCACAAGUCCCUCCCCCAAUCUUGACCUGGCUCAGAUCUUAGAGAAAGAACCUGCCAUCUAAGCGAAGGAGAGUUUCGCCCCUCAACCAUUCAAGGACUCUGCUCGUCCAGUUCCAACGCCCCUGACUGUUGUUGCGGAAGAUAGGUGUCAGGUUACCAGUCCAGGGGCUAUAGUUAGCCUCUGGGACUUUGUUCAGCAGUCCCGGAUCUGCGCAACGUCUGCCGGCACUUCAGCCCCAGUCUGUUGCAAAGGACCAGAGAGAGCCCCCAGGCCGCUCUCGUUCUCCACCACUUCCAGGCUGCAGGAGGAAGGUCCUGGAGCACCCUCCGCUGGCCUCAUCAUCAUCCGGAUCCUGCCAUCACGUGAUUCCUCCAAGGAUGGUUCUGGAGGAUCUGCUGAUGAUCCUCAGCUGCCUCAGCCUCCACACCCUCUGGAAGGCCCAAGCUGUUCCUAUCCUGCCCCUGAGCCUGCUUCCAGACACCUUUGAUGAUGCCUACGUGGGCUGCUCUGAGGAGAUGGAAGAGAAAGCAGGCCCACUGCUACAGGAGGAGAUGGCACGCCAUGCCCUGCUAAGGGCAUCCUGGGAAGCAGCGCAGGAGGCCUGGGAACACCGGCGUCACAAGCUUACUCUACCUCCUGGCUUCAAAGCCCAGCAUGGAAUAGCUAUCAUGGUGUACACCAACUCAUCCAACACCUUAUACUGGGAGCUGAACCAGGCUGUUCGGACAGGAGGUGGCUCCCGGCAGCUCUACAUGAGGCGCUUUCCUUUCAAGGCCCUGCAUUUCUACCUGACCCGGGCCCUGCAGCUGCUGCGUGGCACCAGAGGCUGCAGCAGGGAAGCCGGGGAGGUGGUGUUCCGAGGUGUGAGCGGCCUUCACUUUGAACCCAAGAGGCUGGGGGACUCUGUCCGAUUAGGACAGUUUGCCUCCUGCUCUAUGGAUGAAAGAGUGGCUCGAGGAUUCGGUAAUGCCACCUUCUUCAAUCUAAGGACCUGUUUUGGGGCUCCUAUCCAGGCUUUGUCUGUCUUCCCUGCAGAGCGUGAGGUGCUGAUCCCCCCAAGUGAAGUCUUCUUGGUCACUGGGUUCUCCCAGGAUGGAGCCCAAAGCAUAGUGACUCUCUGGAGCUAUAACCAGACCUGCAGCCACUUUAACUGCGCCUAUUUGGGUGGGGAGAAGAGGCAUGGGUGUGUGUCCUCAACAGUGUUACAGCAGCCAGAAUCAUCCUCCACAGAGGCCUUGGCUCUGCAGACAGAGACAACACUGCUCUUGGCCCCCAGGGAGUUGCAACUUUCCGGAGCUGGGCCCUGAAAGCCUCUUAGAAAUCUUGGCAAUGGAUGACCCUACUACGAAGACUGGGCUUCGGAUGGCCUCAAGAAGCAAGAGUGUGGUUCUGGUUCCAGUCCUAGAGGCCAGCUCUCCAACCAGGGUUGGAGAUCUGAGGCCAGGGCAUGGUUGAGGGAACCCCACUAUGUGUCGGGGACUUCCUAGGACAUGCAAGGUAAAGACUGGAUGGCUACUCAAUUAAAUGGAGUUGUGGUGUAGUGACAUGGUUUCUAUGAUUGGUUUAUUGCAUGAGGUCAUUUGUCCUUGGCAGGCUUGAAAGUCGAGGGACUGAAAACUAACUACCCUGAUCACUAUAGUUACACACUGUAACCUCUGUUGUAGAAGAAAUCUUUUGUGUAUUGUAUGGCUGCAACACCUGUCCAUUAAAAAACCUAUGGCCUAUAGCUUAGGCAGGAAAUAGGUGGAACUUCCAGCAGGCAGAAGGGAUUCUGGGAUUGAACCAGGUGCAUGGGAUUCAGCUGCCACAAUGUGAGAAGAUGGAUGCAUGGUGCCUGAGCUCAGGUAACCAGUCACGUGGCAGAACGUAAAUUAGUAUAAUGGGUUAUUUUAAGUUAUGAGCUGGUCAGAGAAAAGCCUAGCUAUAUGGCCUGGGUGUUUGUAUAAUA